CUGUCUCCAGUGCAAAAACAACAUCAGUAUCAGGAGAGUCCCCUCUCGCCGUCUCACCACCCAAACACAAAUUCAAAAGCCUAAAAUUUCGACCAACGCCAAAACAAGACUCAAACGCUCCACUCCUUUUGUAUGCUGUAAACUCUAUCAUGCAUCUGUCUCUCUCCUGCACGCUGCUUGGAAUCUUCAUUCAGAGGGGUGGCCGGUAGCCUCUUUAUCUCUCCCUGUAACAAACCUUUUUCAGUUUUUCUCCAUUCCCCUCGAUCAAUCCCUUCUUUCUGUAGGGUUACUGGUACUUUUCUCAUUCGGUCAUCCUUUAAUCUUCGUUCCAUCACAUCAUUUCACAGUAAGAAUCGCAAAAGGGCAGCGGGAUAGGAAGAGUAUGAACCUUUUGCUGUUGGCCAUCAGUCAAAUAGAAACGGAAAGAUAGGGAGAGGGAGAGGAAGAGAGAUGAAGGAAGUGGUGCAUAAGUUGGGAUUCAAGGAAGCCGCUGAGGAAGCGAUUUCUUCAUGUCUUGGGAUUUCUGAGCAGCUGGGCUCCGUCAGGGGCGAGAAAUCGGUGGCGAGGGGAGGGGAUAAUACAGAGGAGCCGAGGGAGGAGGACCAAGUAUCGGUGGUGGUGGAGAAGCGGGGUAAACAUGCCGCCGGGUGCCGCUGGACGAUCGGUCAGUUCACGAAAAGGAAGGCAAGGACGCUAUGGAGCCGGUAUUUCGAGGUGGGCGACUACGAUUGCCGAUUGCUUGUCUAUCCGAAAGGUGAUUCUCAGGCGCUUCCGGGUUAUUUCUCCAUUUAUUUGCAGAUUACAGAUCCCCGGGGAUCUCCUUCGUCGAAAUGGGAUUGUUUUGCUAGCUAUAAGUUGUCCAUUGUUAAUCAACAAGACGAGUCCAAGUCAAUCCAAAGGGAUUCUUGGCAUAGGUUCUCAAGCAAGAAGAAAUCUCAUGGGUGGUGUGAUUUUACUCCGUCUUCCACGAUCUUGGACCCGAAAUCGGGGCUUCUUUUGAACGAUUCGAUCGCCAUUGCUGCGGAUAUAUUGAUAUUGAACGAGACGGUAACUUUUUCACGGGAUACUGAUAUCCAGGGAGCGGCUGCCCCUGUUCCUGAUGUUCUUAAUGGAAAAUUCACUUGGAAGGUGCAGAAUUUCACUCUCUUUAAGGAGAUGAUCAAGACCCAGAAAAUUAUGAGUCCGGUUUUCCCUGCUGGAGAGUGUAAUCUACGAAUUAGCGUCUAUCAAUCACUGGUGAAUGGGAUUGAGUAUCUUUCAAUGUGCUUGGAGAGUAAGGAUACAGAGAAAUCAGUUUCUCAGGAAAGGAGUUGUUGGUGCCUUUUCAGGAUGUCCGUAUUCAACCAGAAAGCUGGUCUCAACCAUAUGCACCGAGACUCUUAUGGUCGAUUUGCAGCGGAUAACAAGAGUGGGGAUAACACUAGCCUUGGAUGGAAUGAUUAUAUGAAAAUGUCAGAAUUUCUCUCUCAAGACAUGGGUUACCUUGUGGAUGAUACUGCAAUCUUUAGUGCAUCUUUUCAUGUGAUCAAAGAAUCAAACAGUUUCUCAAAGAACGCGGUGCAGCUAAGUGGUCGUGGAAAUGCCAGAAAAUCUGAUGGGCACCUGGGAAAGUUUACCUGGAGAAUAGAAAAUUUCACGAGAUUGAAGGAUCUUCUCAAGAAGAGGAAAAUAACGGGACUUUGUGUGAAGAGCAAGAGAUUCCAGAUUGGAAAUCGUGAUUGUCGUCUGAUUGUCUAUCCAAGAGGGCAGUCCCAACCGCCAUGUCACCUUUCAGUAUUCUUAGAAGUUACAGACUCUCGUAAUACUUCUAAUGACUGGAGUUGCUUUGUAAGCCAUCGUUUAUCAGUUGUUAAUCAGAAAGCAGAAGAGAAAUCUGUUACUAAAGAGUCUCAAAAUCGUUACUCUAAGGCCGCCAAGGACUGGGGAUGGCGUGAAUUUAUAACCCUCACUAGCCUCUUUGAUCAAGAUUCAGGAUUUCUUGUGCAGGAUACUGUUGUCUUCUCUGCUGAAGUUCUUAUCCUGAAAGAAACUUCCAUUAUGCAAGAGUUCCUUCAGCAGGAAAAUGACUCAAACAAUGAAGGACUACAACCUGAGGCAGUUAGAAGAAAAGGAACUUUCACAUGGAAAGUGGAGAACUUCUUGUCGUUCAAGGAAAUCAUGGAGAACAGGAAGAUAUUCAGCAAGUUUUUUCAAGCCGGUGGAUGUGAGCUGCGGAUAGGUGUUUAUGAAUCAUUUGAUACAAUAUGCAUAUACCUAGAAAGCGAUCAGUCUGGAACAAAUGAUUUGGAUAAGAAUUUCUGGGUCAGAUACCGGAUGGCUGUGAUGAAUCAGAAGAAACCAUCAAAAACAGUUUGGAAGGAGUCCUCUAUCUGUACAAAAACAUGGAAUAAUUCUGUGCUUCAAUUCAUGAAGGUCUCUGAUAUGCUUGAAGCUGAUUCAGGGUUUCUUGUGCGUGACACUGUGGUCUUUAUAUGUGAAAUUUUGGAUUGCUGCCCAUGGUUUGAGUUUGCAGAUUUGGAGGUUUUGGCUUCUGACGAUGACCAAGAUGCCUUAUCGACUGAUCCUGACGAACUUAUUGACUCAGAAGAUAGUGAGGGAAUAAGUGGUGAUGAAGAAGACAUCUUCCGGAAUCUGCUUGCAAGAGCAGGUUUCCAUCUUAGUUAUGGAGAUAAUCCUUCGCAGCCUCAGGUCACGUUGAGAGAGAAACUUCUCAUGGAUGCUGGUGCCAUAGCUGGUUUUCUCACUGGGCUUCGUGUUUACCUUGAUGACCCAGCAAAAGUGAAGCGUCUAUUUCUUCCUACCAAGCUAUCUGGUAAUAGUGGUGGUGGAAAGAAAGAUUCUGCUAAAAAUGAUGCAAGUUCACCUAGCCUGAUGAAUUUGUUGAUGGGGGUUAAAGUCCUGCAGCAAGCAAUUAUUGACUUACUCUUAGAUAUCAUGGUUGAAUGUUGUCAGCCUUCGGAAGAAAGAAAAGGUGACAAUUAUUCCGACGGGGGGUCGACGUCAGUUACGGAUAGCAUAUCAGCCACUUGUUUUGUCGAGCCUAAUGUACUAAAUGGGGUACGAGAAUCUAUGCAUUGUCCUGUUGAGCAGCGCCUGGAUUCUGGAUUAGGUGAUAUGGUUGAUGGGGAAGCUGUGCAGAGCUCUGACAUGAAAAGAACAGAUUUUGGUGGAACUCUUUCUGGUCUGGCUAUAUCACCUCCAGAAACAUCUGUGGAUGAUGCUUUAGCUGAUGACAUAUCAAACAGAAACACAAAGACAAAGUGGCCAGAGCAAUCUGAAGAGCUGUUGGGAUUGAUUGUGAAUUCAUUAAGGGCUCUAGAGGGUGCUGUUCCUCAAGGUUGCCCGGAGCCUAGACGAAGGCCACAAUCUGCUCAAAAAAUUGCCCUAGUGCUUAAUAAGGCACCAAAACAUCUCCAGCCAGACUUAGUUGCACUGGUGCCUAAGUUGGUUGAUCAUUCAGAGCAUCCACUUGCUGCUUGUGCCCUGUUGGACCGCAUUCAGAAACCAGAUGCUGAGCCUGCACUUCGGCUGCCUGUCCUGAGGGCCGUUAGCCAGCUGGAGUUUGGGUCUGAAUUGUGGGAAAGGGUGCUAUUUCAAGCAUUUGAAUUGUUACCAGAUUCAAAUGAUGAGCCACUUGCAACAGCUAUUGAAUUUGUGUUUAAAGCUGCAUCUCAAUGCGAAAGGCUUCCUGAAGCAGUCAGAGCAGUUCGUGUAAGAUUGAAAACUUUAGCUGCUGAGGUGUCACCUUGUGUAUUGGAUGUCAUGCGAAAGACUAUGGUUGCUUGGCCAGAUAUAGCUGUAGCCAUGCUGAAGGAUAUUGAUUCUGACCCCAUUCUGAUUGAUAGUAGGAUAUCAGAGCCACAUGGAAUUUUUGGAUGUGGUCAACAGGGGCUUAUGCCUCAGCAGUUUCACAUUGCUGAAGAGCAGGUUGCUGCUGCAUGCUGUCAAAUGACUGAUGUUUUUAUUCUGUUGGAAAUGCUGUCUGUGCCUACCCUUGCUAUGGAAGCAUCACAUGUUUUUGAGAAAGCAGUUGCACAGGGGGCGAUUGGAGAGCAGGCAAUGGUUUUGGUUAUGGAAGGACGGCAUUCUCAGAGGUUAAUAGCGAAUUCCCAGCCAAUGGUCAACUCUCAGGAUAAAGAUAUGCCAAUAACUGCUAAAAGUAACCAAUUAUUUCCCGAAGAAAAUGAUGAUUUUGCCCGAAUUCUGAGUCUAGCUGAACUUUUGACAUUCUCCAGAAAUUCUCGAGUACAAGAAUUUGUAAGAGUGCUCUAUGCAAUUAUGUUUAAAAUAUAUGAUGAUGAGGUUUGCCGUGGGAAGAUGCUGAAAGGACUUAUUGAGCGUGCCACAAGUGGUGCAGAUAAUUGUCGUGAAGCAGAUUUGGACCUUGAAAUUCUGGUAUUCCUUGUCCACGAGGAAGGAAUUGCAAGACCUGUUCUAACCAUGAUGCGUGAAGCAGCAGAACUUGCAAAUGUUGAUCGUGCAGCAUUGUGGCAUCAGUUAUGUGCAACCGAAGAGGAAAGCAUCCGGACACGUGAAGCAUUACAGGUGGAGAUUUCUGAACUUGUUAAAGAGAAGGAUAUCCUAUCCCAAAGCUUAAGUGAAUCAGAGGCUGCAAACCAUCGUAUCAAGAUUGAGAUGAAAAGUGAAAUGGAUCGCAUUGCUCGAGAUAGGAAGGAAAUGUUUGAGAAAAUUCAGGAAGCGCAAAACCAACUUGAAUGGAUCCGUUCAGAACGAGAAGAAGAAACUGCAAAACUUUCUGCUGAUAAGAAGAACCUCCAAGAGCGUCUUCAUGAUGCAGAGGCACAAAUUUUACAGUUGAAGGCUCGUAAAAGGGAUGAGAUAAAGAGAGUAGUGAAGGAAAAGAAUGCACUGGCGGAAAGGCUGAAAAAUGCAGAAGCUGCAAGAAAAAGUUUUGAUGAAGAGUUGAAACGCUUUGCUACAGAAACUGUCACACGAGAGGAAAUAAGGCAGUCACUUGAAGAUGAAGUCCGGAGAUUGACACAAACUGUUGGACAAACUGAAGGUGAAAAGAGAGAGAAGGAGGAACAGAUUGCUAGAUGUGAAGCUUACAUUGAUGGAAUGGAAUCAAAACUGAAUGCUUGCCAGCAAUACAUCCAUACUCUUGAAGCAUCACUGCAGGAAGAGCUGUCCCGGCAUGCUCCUCUCUACGGGGUAGGCUUAGAAACUCUUUCAAUGCAAGAGCUAGAGACACUGACACGCAUCCAUGAGGAAGGACUUCGGCAUAUACUUGCAGUCCAACAGCGGAAGGGAAGCAGCAAUCCUCUAGUGGGGAGCCACUCCCUACCUCCUCCCCUGGGUUUAUAUGUAACUUCCCCGCCAAUGGCCGUCGGAGUGCCACCUUCAGUUCUACCAAGCGGAGGUGGCAUCCACGGUCCUGUAAAUGAUGGCACAGGCAACCCCUGGUUUUCCUCUACCUAGGCAGCAGAGCUAUGUAAGUGGCAGCUUUUUCUCAUUCCAGGGUCUCCGUUUUGCCAGAAGCUCUCAUUCCUAUGAUUCAAUGUGAUGGGGUUAGUGAUAUCUGGUAGAAAUGCUGUUUCCAGCUUUGAUCGCCAUGCAGGUGAAGGCUGUCAAAUAAAUAAAAGAAGAGAAUUAUACAAACGAUUGAAAGAUGGGAAAGUUCAAUGCUGUUUUGCAGUUCAACUAACCGAGCACGAUGUAUAUUCUUCCAUAAUUGCCAUUCCUUAUUAUUUUUCAUCAUCAAUUGUCCACUGUUCCUAAGGUGCAUGGAGGUUCAGAUGUUUUGAAAUGAUCAUGUUAGCUGUUUUCAUCUUUA